GCAGCAGCUUCAACUUGUGUCCCACGGGAGACAAGUGAAUCUGAAGUUAUAUAUUAUAUAAGACGUAGGGGAUGACAGCAGUUUAUCAUUAACCUGGACUACGCAAGAAGUACAUAAGGAGAGAAAGAAGAAGAAAGCCAGAGAAGCAGCCAGGAUGGAAACCGACAUAAGGAUCAACAACGCCGCGGACAUCUCGGUUAUUGUCCUCUAUUUUUUGGUGGUCCUAGCAGUGGGACUAUGGGCUAUGUACUCAACCAACCGAGGGACAGUAGGUGGAUUCUUCCUGGCUGGACGAAGCAUGGUUUGGUGGCCGAUUGGUGCUUCUCUGUUUGCCAGUAACAUUGGGAGCGGACAUUUUGUGGGAAUAGCAGGAACAGCAGCAGCUGGAGGAAUUGCCAUCGGAGGAUAUGAAUGGAAUGCUCUGAUAUUUGUGGUUGUUCUAGGAUGGCUGUUUGUACCCAUCUACAUCAAAGCUGGGGUGGUGACAAUGCCAGAGUAUCUGAGGAAACGUUUUGGUGGGAAACGGAUUCAGAUCUACCUGUCAGUCCUUUCUCUGAUCCUGUAUAUUUUCACAAAGAUCUCAGCAGACAUAUUCUCUGGAGCUGUAUUUAUACAGCUGGCCAUAGGGCUGAAUCUUUAUGUGGCCAUAAUUAUCCUGCUUGCUAUUACUGCUCUUUACACCAUCACAGGUGGCCUUGCAGCUGUGAUUUACACAGACACCUUACAGACAUUUAUCAUGGUAGUGGGAUCCUUUAUUCUCAUGGGAUUUGCAUUUGCUGAAGUAGGAGGGUAUGAUGCUUUCAUGGAAAAGUACAUGAAUGCAAUUCCAUCCAAUGUCUCCUAUGGGAAUAUUACAAUUAAUGCAGACUGCUACACUCCUCGGAAGGAUUCCUUUCACAUCUUCCGAGAUGCUGUCACUGGAGAUCUGCCGUGGCCAGGGCUCGUCUUUGGUUUGAGCAUCCUGGCUUUGUGGUACUGGUGCACGGAUCAGGUUAUUGUCCAAAGAUGUCUCUCUGGCAAGAACAUGUCCCAUGUGAAGGCCGGUUGUAUCAUGUGUGGAUACCUGAAACUCUUGCCCAUGUUUAUCAUAGUGAUGCCUGGAAUGAUCAGCCGAAUUUUGUAUACAGAUGUGGUAGCUUGUGUUGUGCCUGAAGUCUGCCAGAAGUACUGUGGCACCGAUGUUGGCUGUACAAAUAUUGCGUACCCCAAAAUGGUAGUGGAGCUUAUGCCAAAUGGUCUGCGCGGUCUGAUGCUGUCAGUCAUGUUGGCAUCCCUUAUGAGCUCCCUGACUUCCAUUUUUAACAGUGCUAGCACCUUGUUCACCAUGGACAUUUACACCAAAAUCCGAUCAAAAGCAUCUGAGAAAGAACUUAUGUUAGCUGGAAGGGCAUUUAUGUUACUUUUAAUUGGCAUCAGCAUUGCCUGGGUUCCUGUGGUGCAGUCAGCUCAAAGUGGGCAGCUCUUCGAUUAUAUUCAGUCAAUUACGAGCUACCUGGGACCUCCCAUCGCUGCUGUCUUCCUGCUUGGUGUCUUCUGCAAGCGGGUCAAUGAGCAGGGUGCCUUCUGGGGCCUGAUGAUUGGGCUGCUGGCUGGGCUGAGCAGGAUGAUUGCGGAGUUUGCCUACGGGACUGGCAGCUGUGUGACCCCUUCCAACUGCCCGUUCAUCAUCUGUGGGAUUCACUACCUUUACUUUGCAAUGAUUCUUUUUGGGGUUUCCGCCAUCGUCAUCCUGGCAGUCUCCUUCAUGACUAAGCCCAUUCCUGAUGUACACCUUUACCGCUUGUGCUGGUCUUUGCGGAACAGCAAAGAAGAACGUAUUGAUCUUGAUGCAGAUGAGGAACAGGACAAAGCUGAUGAAAAGGAUGAGGAAUCAGUUAACGAGGAAAAUCAAGAAGAACUGGGAUGCUUUAAGAAAACGUACAACUGGUUCUGUGGCUUAGAUCAACAAAAAGGACCCAAACUGAGCAAGGAGGAAGAGGAAGCAUUGAAGCAGAAACUGACGGACACAAGCGAAGUGCCACUUUGGAGAAAUGUUGUGAAUAUCAAUGGCAUCAUCCUAUUGACUGUGGCUGUAUUUUGCCAUGCCUUCUUUGCAUAAACCUCUGAUUACAGUUCUGAAAUUGUACUGUAUUGUCAAGCAAAAACCAUGACUUGUAGAUUUACAGAGUUAGAUACACUUCGUAUUUUCAUUGUCUAUGUAAAAAAUCAGGGUGAUUUACUCUGCUGAUUUUCUGAUCGUAAUUUUAACAAUCUAAAGAUGAAGGCCACUAGGAUUUCAAGAGAGAGAAUUUCUGUUUAGACACUGAAUCAAUCCAGGGCUAACAGAGGUUCAGAAUUUCCAUCCAAUACUCUCUCUACUCGUGAUACAUUUCAUAUUUUAGGUGCAGAACAAGGCUGCAUGAGCCAUAUUUCAUAUCAGGGUUUGUAAACUACCUUUUUAGGCUUGAUUUUUAGUCCUCCUUCUUCUGAUCAUUCAAAUUUCUUUUUCCUUUGGCUAUGAUAAUUUGAUUACAAAACACCUACAACAACUGAGGGGACAUAUUAUGAAUUCAAAUUAAAAAAUCAUUUUUGUUCCCUCCGAGCAUGCGAUAUCUUAAGUAAAGGAUUUAUGUAUAUGUUGAAGUAUUUCACACAAUAUCUAACUUUCCACUGUAAUUCUUUUCCCCUUUUUCUCACUCUUCAUUGUGUUGUGUUUCUCAGUGAUCAGUGGAACACUGACCAUCUGAAUUGAUCGCAUUUUGAAAUUAGGGAAACCAUGUCUCAAUGAUCUUAACAAGAAUUCUGCUUACGAUAGAUUCUCUGCUUAAGUUUCACUUCAAAAGGCCCUCUCUUUAUAUUUUAAUAUGUACCUAUACUUGAAUGUGAAGCUUUUUAUACAAAAUACAUAUAUUAUAUAUACACAUACAAUACAUUAUAUAUAUGCACUAUAUAUAUUAUGUAUAUUUAAAAUAUAUAUGUAUGUGUGUGUCUAUAUAUAUAUUUAUUUCUCUGUGAUCAGUUUCCAUCUUGAUAUGUCGAAGUCAAUCUUCACCCACGAUUACCGGGACCUCUUUAUCAUAGGGUUGGUGUUAACGUAUCGCCUCUUUCUAUGAACUGUACCACAAAACAGUCCUUGCACGUGGUUAAAAGUCCAAAGCAUCAGAAUGCUGGGUUUGCAUUUUUCUUUCAAGUACACCUGAGGGCUCUGUACUGCUUUUCUGCAAAGCUAUAAAUCUUUCCUCUGAAGAAGAUUUCACUGAGAAAUAGAACUCAUGCUGCAAGGCAGUAUGAGUUAACAGUUCAUGAAGAAGAAUAGUCACAGCUGUGGGAUAUCAGCUAAACCAGUCUGAUUGUCUCCACUUGAUACGUUUGAUACCAGCUGGAGAUACAGGAAAAGAUAGAUUUAACACUUCAAAGCAAAAAGCAACAGAUCUUCUUAUCAUCUAAUUCAGAUUCUUGAGGAAUCAAGUGUAAGAAGACAGCGCUUGCUGUAGUCAAGCUGCACCAGAAUUCCUUGUUCCUGUUGCUCCUGUACCGUGGGACGCUGCCUUGUCACAGCCUUCCAGCGCGGUUCUGUGCAGGACGCACCAGUGCAAUAAGUGCGUCUAAGCGGGAAGGUGGCGUAGUCUCUGUCUGUGCUACACCACGCUCUGCUGCCGGCUCCUGCAGCUUUAAUCGCCCUCACUUCCUAAUCUUCUGUCAGUAUCUUUUCUUCAUUUGGAUCCAAACCAAACCGUUAUGGAUUCUAGCGGAAUUGCUGCUCUUCAGUAUAAUCCCUGCAGCACACUGAAAGGUUUUGCAUAGGCCAGAUCAAAUCAAUACAAAACCCUUUUCCUUACAGUUAAUACAUGGUAUAGUAUUUUAAAGACCAUGGAAUUAAUUAUAUUUAAUGGACUAUGAAGACUUGUAUGUAUUAAAGUAUUUGUAUAUUUUAAAGUAUUUGGUGUCCACAAAAUGAUGAGAUUUUUAUACAAUAUAAUGGAAGACUGUGAAACUUAAUUUGGUGUCUAGGUUUUGGCUCUGGGUUAUAGUAAUGGAUGACAAGCAAACAAGAAAGACUUUAAUGAGGAUUGUCCAGAUCCCUCUUUGUCAUGCUUUAUUCCAAAAUGAAAAAUAUGGUGAAAUUAUACAGCCAUUUGGGUAAAGACAAAUAGCAGAAGUGAUUUCCUGGCAGGCUGAGCAGUCUGUAGAUGACCUCCUGGUUAAUCAGGCACCGUCGCUUCAUUUUCCUGCCCAGGAUUCAAGAAUUUUGAAAAACUAACUUGCAGUUUCCCAGGGAUGUUCACGGUACAUCCUCAGCAACCUGCUUCUGUUCCGGUCUGAAGACUGGAUGUUGUAAGGGAGCAGAGUUCAAGUGUUAACAUCAAGUUCGACUGCUGCUUACAGUACUCCUCUCGUUUUGUAGAAUUUCGUAGAAAAAUUGUCUGAUACUGUGCACAGAUGAUAAAACUUUUUAUGCUUAGAUUAAUAGUUAAAUGCCACCUUGGGUUGGUAGCUAUUGCAUUCAAAGGCAGUUUUGUGAUUUUAAGGAAGAAAGUGACUUUUCUUCAGUUCUCAGGGGAAACCCUGUCCAUGUUAUGGCUGUUGUUGCGGGACGCUCUCAGACAAAACCCAAAAAGCAGCUUACGCUGCCCUGGGCAUUCUCGUGCUGUAGAAUUGGAAGAGUGAGCACAUGCUCGUGCCCCACGUCUGACUGUAAGGUUGAACACUGCUGGUUAGUGGAGAGACUCCAGCUACAGCCCUGGCUAACGGCACGGCACGGACACCAUAGCACAGGUGAUCCUGAGACAUCCCAGCUUAUGCUGUCAGGUAAGACACAGGGUCACAGCUUAUUCGAGUGCACUUUAGGUAGAUAUACAGAAUUAUUUUAAACAAACUGCACAAAAUAAAAUUAAAAAUUCACCUAGCAGCACUGUAAGCCAAUUACAAUGCUGAUACAUAAAGAACACGCAGUAAACAAAUCAGAUCUUCCAUUUAAGAAUUACUACACAAUUUUCAGGCCAAGUCCUGUUUUUCAGGGUAACCAGUUUUCAUUCAUGUUUUCAUUUCUCUGUAUCACCCAUAACAAAUGUAUCCAAGUAUCUCACAAAUGUUAAUUAUUAAUGAUCAUGAGAACACUCUGUUCUUAGAACUCAGAACUUGGUUUUAUUCCUAUUUUGUUAUUGAAAAAGCUCAUGCACUGAAAUGCUGGAGGAGGGAAGGUCUGUGGCUUAAUUUGGAAUACUUCUGCAGUAACCGUGCUUUGGUUUUAACCAAAAUGUCUGUCUGUGGUGAAUUAGGACACAGCACAAUGCUGGGUUCUUCAGGUGCAAGUGAUUGUUGUGAUCAGAGCCCCACCAGCAGCUGCGAUUGCUAAUUGGCUCCACUCCUGUGCAGAUCACUUUCUUAACUGGCAAAAUUAGGAACGUUCAUAUGAAGUAAAAGCUGACGCAAAAAUGAGGAGCAAGGAGUAAUGAUAAAUAUAUA